AUGGUCACCUAUUCUCAACGCCCCUCACAACGAACUUUCAGUCUGAUAGUCCGAUUUAAUCGGCUUCCUGGACACCAAGCAGCCGUCUAUCUUGCCAGUCAGACAGUGAAGCACACCGACUUCGUUAAUAUUAGCAAUAGCAGCGUGUCCGCUAGUGCCACAAUGCCUGGCUCAAAGGGAUCUGCUUCCGGCGUUUGUAGUAAUCCAGUUACCUGCCUCACGGAGAUGGACAUAGAUGCUUUGACUUCUCACAUAAGUAGCUACACUCUGGGCGAGGUCUGCAGAUUGAGCGAAAGUAUCAUCCUUGAUAGUACUGAGUGGCAGCCUGGACAAGGUCUGAUAUUCACUGUAAGCUAUCAUUAUAACUAG